GGGUUUUAUGGUUUCUUGGAACUGAUGCAAGGGAUGUGACAUUGCAUGGAGGAAUACAAAGUUGUACACUUGCUUUACAAAGAACUGGCAUAACUAGUCCAUAUAUCAAGGAAUGUAUAGUAGGAAAUAAUGGCGAGAAGAGGGCUCAAAGAGAGCAAGCAGUUAAAAAAAUUCAGAAGAUAUGGUGGAUGCACAUGACAAAAAGACUAUUUAAACUUCUGAAACAUACAGUUCGUGCAGCGGAGUAUUGUAUCAGCUAUGACAUUUUAAAAAGAGUGAGUCCUUUGGAGGCUGAACUUCUUAAAGAACCUACUAUUCAAUAUAAAGUCCGAUUCAGAUUUGCUGGGUCUGAUUUUCCCCCUUUUAUUGUGUUUAAAAUAUUUUAUAAAUCAGGAACCAAAAGCAACCAAUACAUCAGUGGGAAAAGAGUAAUAACAUCAGCAAGUAAGGCAGCUGUUGAUGCUUGCAAAUUAAUGGGAUAUCGGACGUAUUAUAAUCAGAUUCUUCAAGAUGAACUUCAGUAUAAAAGGCACGGAAUAACAGAUGAAAUGGAUAUUGCUACAAUAAGAGAUUACAUACAAUAUGCCAGUCAUAUGGAUGAAACUCCAGCAUAUUAUGGUGGCAGACAUAAUUGUUGGAGAAGGCUGACUUUGGAAAAUCUUCCUAGAGCAAUGAUAUUGUAUGACAUCAUGGAUUAUGCAGAGUCUGGGAAGCUGUCUGCUAGACUUAGAGCGGAACUUCCAUUUCUGUUGCUGAAACCACAGAAUGAAGAAACAUGUCGUGCUCAAAUCUUUGCUGUUUGUCAAAUUAGGUCUCUGUCACCUGGUCUCAUAACUACCUCCCUAUCAAGACGAGAACAAAAGGUAGCCCAGAGAACAUCAAAACGCCGCUCUUAUCAAGCUAGGCAGAAGAUUGCAAAAAUGAAGGAAGUUUACAGAGCUGUGAAAGAAGAAGAGGACCUAAGUAGUCCUUCUUUGAGUGAUCAUUUCAUUGGAGAUCCAAGCCCCCGAAGUCUAUUUGCUAAUGAAGACUGGGAGCAAGAAGCAGUAAUGCUUUAUGACUGGUCCAGAUCGCUCCAAACUGAAGAUAUUUGGGAAGAUUAAUCAGUGAUAAAUUUAUUUUUCCUUCAAGCUUUCUCCAUUUAAAU